GAUUCAUUACAAGAUUCAACUUCAGGUAAUUCAAACUUGGUAAACAAUACUGAGCGAAGUAUUUUUGGGGAAAAAGAUGCAAAUAAUUCACAAGUUCUUGUUGAUAAUGUAGAACAAGAAAGUAAACUGGCAAAUCUUUCUAAUGAUACUAAUAAUAAACAAA